AUGCCCAAGCUUUCCAGCGAAAAUCCAAAUGAGCUGCUGCGGAAAGAGGGUGUUGCGGAUGAAUUACUUGCUACACGGGAGGAAGAGCGUGGCCGGAAAAGAGACCUUGAAGAUAUGACAGAUCGCAACGCUCAGUCUCCGAAGCGGGCCAGGUCCAUCUCACAGAUUCUUCUGGGUCAAUUCACUCAGGACCAAAGAACCGCUCACCCUCCCGAGAGCGCACUGACGACCGAAAUACUCGGCGACGGAGACGAGAAUCUAGUCCCGAUGAACGAGGACGGCACCGUGGAGCAGGAAGACAUAGCGAGCGAAGAGACCGCCGAAGCAAAAGUGUGGAUAAGGAGCGAGUGA